CUGCCCUCCCACACACACACCACAGAUAACAAGAUCUUAGUCACCAUAAAUCCAGAGAGAGAGGAUUCGGACGCCCACAUUGUUGAGGGAGCGGGGACAAGUGCAAAGAUCACAGAGGGUGGCACACACACACACGCUACACACUGCAUCACAGAUAAAGUUGACUUUUCUGUCCCAGACCCAGAUAGUGAAAACACACACACACUCCACGCCGUCAGAGAGGCUGCCCCCCCCCACACACUCACACACAACUCAGAGGCGCUAUCCGAAACUAUCACACACAUUGAACCCAUUGUGCUUGAGUCAGACACCCACUUUGUGGAGAGGGAAGUGAUGAGUGGAGUGAGUCGUGAGGGGGGAGGGACUUUCCCUGGGCGUUCUGGGAGAGCCAGUCCGGACAGUGGAGUGACAGCUCAGGUGGCAGCUAAGCUGCCUGUCACAGAAACACACAAACACGCCUUCCCUGACACACUGGUGGAGAGAGAGGAGAGAGAGGACCGUUUUCCAGAAACAAACCUCAGCCAGCUUGCCAGGUCUGUGAAUGCUUCAGCUGAUCCCAGUCCAGCUGUGGAACAGCCUGGUUUACAGACUCAACUCAUAAGAGCUGAUUUGGAUUCAGACGCAGAGAUGAAUUCCAGCUAUGACAUCCAGAGCACCUUAAGCAGCACGUUCACAUUAAGGCCAUCCCCCACCAGCGAGGGCUCACCCCCAAACGAAUUCAAACACCGUAUCCAUAAAGUUUCUUUGGUGUCGGAGGAUGCCUCGGCGAGUGCUGCUCCAGAGUCGGUGGACCUCCGUGGGAUCAGGACGGACCCGGAGCCAGGUGGAGCGGAGGUGGACCUCCGUGGGAUCAGGACGGACCCGGAGCCAGGUGGAGCGGAGGUGGACCUCCGUGGGAUCAGGACGGACCCGGAGCCAGGUGGAGCGGAGGUGGACCUCCGUGGGAUCAGGACGGACCCGGAGCCAGGUGGAGCGGAGGUGGACCUCCGUGGGAUCAGGAUGGACCCGGAGCCAGGUGGAGCAGAGGUGGGACCUCCAGCUGCAGGGUACAAGUGGAAGCAGUUUGAUGUGGAGAUCCCAUCCACACCUGAGCCCACAGGAGAGGAAUCUGAUUUCCUGUCCAGCACCUCCUCCUCCCUUUCUCUGUCCCAGACUGGCCUGUACACACGACACCUGACCUACCCCUCCCCCCUCUCCCCGGAGACGCCCGGUCUCCACGGCAACAUGGGCCGGCCAAGCGACAGUAGCAAAGUUCAGCUGAGUAGUGUGAGUAAGGCAGGGGGAGGGACCGGAGCAGAAGGGGGGUGGAGAAGUAGGAGGGACUGGGCGGAGCCAAAGGCACCUGCAGGAGAGGAGACCGGGGAGGGAGAUAGAGAGGCAGUUGAGAGAGGGACGCAGUGGAACAAGUCUGGCUGGGACUCGCAACGACUCCCAGUGUCAGGCGUCUCGCCUGCUGCAGCCCAUCACGGCCAAGAUAUCUACCACAAAGACUUCGCUUUCUCUGGAGUGUUCACGGCCACACGCGUGGAGCUCACCCCUGACCUCUCUCCGUCCUCCCCUUUGACCCCUGUGACCCCUGACCCCAGUUCCCCCUACCAGCAAGAUAUGGAGAACAUGAUGGGCACCCUGAAGAGCAUGGACCGCCCCAAGAGAUCAUGUAGCCUGCGUGGGGUGCCCCCCUCCCUCUUCUCUUCCUUGCCCCCCAUCGUGGAGGAUGCCUUCAGCCCCAACUCAACCCUUGGACCUGCCACCACCCUUGCCCACUCCCCACCUGCCCCUGGAGCUCCCGACAAGGCCCAUAAUGGUGGGCCCCCCAGCAGCCUACCUGUUGACCUGGGAAUCAAGUGGAGCUCACCCAAGGACAAGCUCUCCCCCCUGGAAAUGAUGAAGCUCCAGCAGAAGCAGGAGUCGGUUGGGGACAAAAACCCAGGCUUCAUCCCCACAAGGAGGAGCACCCUGGGCUCGGAUUCCUCCCAUGACAGCUCCCCCUCAUAUCUGAACGGAGGAGGUGGCGGGGUCAAUCCCCUGACCCCUGGAUCCACCUCCCGACUGGACAACAGCUUCCUGUUCUCCGGCUAUCGCCAGGGGUCCAUGGAACAGCCCUCCAUGGAGAACGACGAGGCCAAAGCCUAUCUCUCCAGAGCGUCCUCGCUCUCGGACAUCGGACCUUCGAAUGACCGCUUGAGCUUCUCCUCCAUCGGUAUCCCCAAAACUGGCACAGGCACUGUUGCUGGCACUGGAACAGACAAUACCGUCCCCUCCCGUUACGAGCGCUUGUCCUUCCUCGUGUCCUCCUCGUCCCUCACAGGGGCUCCCGACAGCAACUCUCGCAUCAGCAGACCUUCGACUCUCCAGCUCCUCUCCUCCCCCACCUCGACCGGAGAGCGAACCUUCUCUUCCCCCUCACACCUGCACAGCCCCACAGCCCCCAGCGACCUGCAGCGCAACUUCUCCAUGGAGGCCCUCACAGCCAGGUUCAACCACAACCAAGCCCAGAACCUGGCUCAGACCCAGGGCAUGGGUGCCAUGAAUGGCAUGGGUGGUAGUGUGGGCUCCAUUGGCUCCAUGGGGCUCCAGAGGAGCUUCAGCACUGAGGGGACCUCAGGUGGAGGAGGGACACUCCUCUUCAACAAUGUCCAUGGGGGCUCCCACUUUAACCCUGAGCCAGAACCAGAGAAGAUCCAGAUGGUGCCCAAGUACAGAGCCUUCCCUGAUGCCUAUCUCACCAAGGAGAAGGAGCAUGGCAAGCUUAACCCCCGCCCAGGAAAGAUGUUCAUCUUCGACGAGGCUGGAAUGUGCGGCCAGAGAAUCGAGGUGCGCGGUGAUGUCAUCGACGCCACGCCCUGGCAGCUGCAGGAGACCAUCUCCAUCAGGGUGAUCAGAGGAGGCUGGGUGCUGUAUGAGAAGCCCAACUUCAAAGGGGAGAAGAUAGCUCUGGACGAGGGGGACAUCGAGAUCACCUACCCCUUCGGCCCCCCAGAGGAGGGGAUGGAGGACGGACAGCAGCAGCAGCAGCAGAGCGGACAGACCGCCCAGAGGGAGCAGAACGGGACGAGGGAGCAGAAUGGAGAGAAGGAGAACGGGGAGAAGGAGAACGGGGGCCAGGAGGGAGAGGAAGGAAACACUAUUCCUGUCAGGAGGUUCAUCAUAGGAUCUAUCCGCAGAGCUGUCAGAGACUACAGUGUUCCAGAGAUCAGCCUGUUCCCAGAGGAGAACGCCGAGGGGAAGAAGGUCACUUUCAGGGACACCUGCGAAGACGCCAGGAUCUUCGGCUUCCCCAUCAAGGCCAACUCCAUCAUCAUCAACGCUGGACUGUGGCUAGUGUAUGCCGAGCCCUUCUUCCAGGGUAUCCCCAAGGUCCUGGAGGUGGGGGGGUUCCACAACCCUGCAGCCUGGGGCGUGGAGCAGCCCUACGUGGGCUCAGUACACCCCCUCAAAAUAGGUGAACCGAGAGUGGAGAAGCCCAACGAGGCGAAGCUGGUGAUCUAUGAGAAACCUUACUUCACUGGCAAGACCAGGACCAUCUAUUCCAACAUGAAGGACUUCAUGACCAGAGUGGAGCGCAGUCAGAUUGCCUUCAUGUACAGCGCUGGUUCCAUCAAAGUACAGGGAGGAUGCUGGGUGGGGCAUGAGAAGGAGGGUUUCCGUGGCUACCAGUAUCUGUUGGAGGAGGGGGAGUACCACGACUGGAGGGUGUGGGGGGGUCACAACGCUGAGCUACGCUCCAUCAGAGUCCUGAGGGCGGACCUGACGGAACCCAUGCUGGUGAUGUUUGAGCAGCCAGAAGGCGAGGCGGAGGAGGGGCAGCAGGAGGAGGAGAACAGCUUUGAGGUGACGGAGGCUAUCCCUGACGUGGAGCUGUUUGGUUACCGCCCCACCACGCGCUCCAUCAACAUCCUAAGCGGAGCAUGGGUUGCCUACUCCCAUGUGGACUACUCUGGCGAGCAGUACAUCCUGGAGAAAGGUUUCUAUAACAACUGCGCCGACUGGGGUUCCCAGGACAACCGCAUAUGUUCCAUACAGCCCAUCCUACUGGCUGCCGGUGAAAGCCAUGGUUCCAGGAAUGAGGUGGUCCUCUACUCUGAGACAGACUUCCAGGGAGAGUGUCACAUGUAUGACGAGGCCCAAGAGACUCUCGCUGACAGACUGCUGGCCAAGUCCUGCAGAGUCAUGGGAGGAAGCUGGGUUAUGUAUGACGCAAAGAGCUACAAAGGGGACUUGUACGUGCUUUCAGAGGGAGACUACCCCAACUUCAGCAGCAUGGGCUGUCCCUCUAGCUACGUGAUCCGCUCCCUCAAACCUGUUCCUCAGAUGCUCUCGUUGCCCUCCAUCUCUCUGUUUGGCCUGGAGUGUCUGGAAGGUCGUGAGAUCACCAUAGACACAGACAUGGUCAACAUGCUGGAGGAAGGCUACAACAACCACACCCUGUCUCUCAGGGUCAACAGCGGCAGCUGGGUGGUGUGUGAGCACAGUAACUACCGGGGCCGUCAGUUCUUGCUGGAGACCAUAGAGAUUCCUAACUGGCCCAAGUUCAGCCAGCUGCACACCAUAGGCUCCAUGUACCCUGUGCGACAGAGGCGGCGCUUCUUCCGUAUCAAGAAUAAAGAGCGAGGUCACUUCCUGUCGAUCCAAGGAGGCGUAGAGGAGUUGAAGUCGGGGCGGGUGGUAGUGAUGGAGACGGUGGAGGGAAUGAGCGAAAUCUGGUUCUACCAGGACGGACUGAUCAAGAACAAGCUGGCUCCCUCCAUGAGUCUCCAGGUGAUGGGCAACGUGGAGGCGGGGGCCAAGGUGGUGCUGUGGUCAGAGACCCGCCAGCCGGUCCAGACCUGGUCUGCCCAGAUGAGCGGGGCCGUGGUCAGCCUCACCUUCCCUGGCAUGGUGCUUGACAUCAAAGGAGGUAAGACCUAUGACAAGAACUUUGCAGUGAUCAUGCCGAAGAGUGAGGAGAGACCCUGCCAGCAAUGGGAGCUAGAGAUUCUGUAACGUCACAGCAACCUUCCCUCAACCUGGCAGCAACAAACCCUGGCAACCAACCUGCCAACUUUUCUUGAGCUUUACAUCGGCAGUCACUCAAACAUUUAUCAAGUUACUCCUCCUUUAACUUGGAGUCAACCAUCUCACGCCACCCACCUGUCUUCAAUAUCCCGCAAAGUUUUUGAUCACAUAAAUCUUUCUCAACUGCUCAGAACUUGUGUGUGAGUUUGUGAAUAUGGAUUCAGUCUGUAGAGGGCGCUGCAGACUCUGCUCCAAGAUAGACACUCCCCACACUAAGGCAGACUGCUGCUAACCCAGAGAAGGUACGGGCUAAACUAUGCAACCAGUUGGAAGUUGUUGUUCGACAUGGAGUCAGAUGUGGUGGGCAAAUUUUACAUGCGUGGACUGCAUGAGACUUGAAAAGAUCUAGCAAAAAUGGGGUCAAACCCAACUUUGUGGAGAACAGACAAGAACCUUUUUACCCUUGACUUUGGGGGUUUUCUGUUUACAUUUUACAUUUAGUCAUUUAGCAGACGCUCUUAUCCAGAGCGACUUAGAGUAAGUACAGGGACAUUCCCCCCAAGGCAAGUAGGUUGAAGUGCCUUGCCCAAGGACACAACGUCAUUUGGCACAGCGGGGAAUCAAUCUGGCAUCCUUCUGAUUACUAGCCCGACUCCCUCACCGCUCAGCCAUCUGACUCCCUCACUGACUUUACAGUGCUGUAGCUAUGAUGGUCUGCUGUACUUGUAACAUUUUGCUCUCACCACUCUAUAGGUUGCUUCAGUUUCAAACCACUUAAAUGUGUCUACCCCCUUAUCUAUGAAGUUAUCAACUGUAUAAGGUUCAACAAGUUUUUUUAUUCAUUAGUUGAAAACAUGAUUAAAGUCUUAUCUGUCUAUAUAAUGUACUUUAUCAUGUAUGGAUGGGAAAUAUGACCAAAUGAAGCUUUUCCUAAUGUAAAGUAAUGCUAUGGGGAUUUGGCUGCUCUUACAGUUGAUGGCAUUCUGUCAGAGUUGGUGUGUAUGUUUAUGCAAAGGGUGAUGUUUUAUAGAUGUCAUACAUAAACAAUAUGGUCAACAAACCCUUUGAAUACACAACAUGUUACAUCAUUUUCUGUACAGCACCCAGUGCCUCCCCUCUGUGUUGAUAUUGAGGUAUUUUGUGAAAUGUAUUAUAACAGGGAGUGGUUUUAAAAUAUCUAAUAAAGAUACUAAAUUAAAUCAA